GGCCGACAUCUGGCACUCUCGGUUAAGCAGCGGCUUCUCAAAAUCGUGGUUUUAACGACUACGGGCCGCAUACAUUGUUUAGCUAACUAUUUGCCACUUUCUAUGCAACCGCUAUGCGCAUUCGGAAUUAGAAAGUAGCGCCAGUAAUUAAGAGAUAACCGUACCGUCGGUGGCUAGCUAGCGGCAGAUCGCAUGUAAUCACAGUAUCGUCGAAAGAAACGUUGCAUUUUUAUGUUUGAAUUUCCCUCGAUAUAAACUCAGCUCUCAUUGGCUGAGAGCUGUCCAGCCGUCGUCACCGCACGACAGCUCGACUUGUUGCUUGUUUGUUGUGUUGGUUUGGUCGCCAUUUUUCUAAUGUGUUAUUUUUCGGUUUUUAAUAUUUUUUCACCUCGUUAGGACACUACCGACUGGUUUUUCUUGUGGUAUAAGGUUUGUUCGAACUUUUCGUGGAUUGUUUGUGUGUGUUUGACAUAUUAUGGCAUUGGCAGUGGCAGAACAAGACAAAUGAAAUGGUAGAAAUAAUAGAGCUGUUAAUAAUAUGCUAUAAUCUUUCAAAGAAGGGAGUACUUAUACAAUACUAAUAUCACUUUUUGAAAGAAGUUAAAAAUGGAGGGCAGAGUUGUUAAAAAACUUAGUAAACGACAACAAAGACGCCAGAUUGCUGCUCAAGUGAAAUGCCUCAUUGAUGAUUGUUCACCUGUUAAAGGGUUUUCUCAACCUCAGGAGAUUCCUGACUCCUCACCUACCCCUGUAAAACAGUUUCUCGAAUCUCAAUAUUAUGUUCCUGACCCCCCAGUUCCUUCCGAGUAUCAAAAUAUAUCGUGUUCCACUAGUGUAGCUUCGAGUUCAAAUGUGACCUCUACAGGAGAACUACAAAUGAUUUCUGACGAGUCAGACUCUGAAUACAUUUUUUCAGAUUCUGACUCUAAUGCCUCCUCGGAUGACUUGGACAGUGAUCCAUUGACUUCUGCCUCAACCUCAUCUUUGACACCUAACUUGGCAAACCCAAGUGCUACAUUUUUAAGAGGGUGGGCCAUUAAAAAUAAUUUAACACACACUUCAAUAACAGAGCUUCUAACAUGGUUUUCCUCAAAUCCAAAUAUUUGUAACCUGCCAAAAAAUGCUCGAACUCUGUUAAAAACUCCAAGGCAAAUUGAUGUAAGGGUAAUAGGAAAUGGGAAAUUUUACUAUAUAGGUUUACAAAAAGAAAUCAAAAGAAUUUUUAGUAAAUAUGAGAGUGAUAGUAGCAUCAAUGAAUUUUUGUAUUAUUUACAUUUCAACAUUGAUGGUUUGCCUUUGCAUAAGAGCACAAAAAAUUGUUUUUGGCCUAUUUUAUGUAGAAUUUCAAAUUAUCCCAGAGAACACCCUUUUGCAGUUGCUAUAUAUUAUGGAACAGGAAAGCCACCUCUUAAUGACUUUUUUAGUGAAUUUGUUAAUGAAGUGUUGGAGUUAUAUCAGAAUCAUUUACAGGUUAAUGGAAAAACUAUUAAAGUAAAAUGUAUGUCAUUUUGCUGUGACACUCCAGCUCGCUCAUACGUUAAAGCGACAAUGGCACACAACUCAUAUCAGGGCUGUGACAAGUGUACUGUCAAAGGACUUUAUGUUAAUAAGAGAAUGGUUUUUUUAAAUUCCAAUGCUCCUCCAAGAACUGAUGAGGAAUUUGUUCACCAAGCCUAUGGUAACUACCAUAAAGGAGUCAGAGUUUAUGUAAUCUUGGUAUUGGUAUGGUAUCUAGCUUUCCUAUAGAUUAUAUGCACUCUGUUUGCCUUGGUGUGAUGAGGAAAUUACUGUUUUUGUGGAGAGAUGGGAGUAGAUUGUAUAGAGUCACUGGGAAUAAGUUCGAAAUGUUAGAAAAUUUAAUAAAAAAUAUAAGUAACUUUUGGCCUGCAGAAUUCAAUAGAAAACCGAGAAGUCUAAGAGAUCUUGAACAUUGGAAAGCCAUUGAGUUUCGACAAUUUCUUUUAUAUAUCACCCCUCUUUUAGGUGAUAUUUUACCAAAGCAAGUCUUUGCCAAUAUUAUGUUGUUAAAGUUUUCUAUUACUAUUCUGCUUGGACACGAUUUAAAUACAAAUCUUAACCAGUAUGCUAAUGAUUUACUGAGAUUAUUUGUAUCACAUAGCAUUCAAAUAUAUGGGCAAGAAUUUUGUGUUUACAAUGUACAUGUUUUAGUCCACCUUGCAAAAGAAGCCAAGUGUUUUGAUACCCUUAAUAAUAUAAAUUGUUUUGCUUUUGAGAACUACCUUGGUAUGCUAAAAAAAAUGAUAAGAAAAUCUCACCAGUGUUUGCCUCAAGUUAUUAAUCGAAUCUUUGAAGGUAGAAUUGAAAAGGAAAAAUUUAAUGAAAAUAACAUAUUCAUUUCUGGUAAUCCUGUGAAAACUGACUUUAAUAAGACUUUCUAUCCUAUACUUAUUUAUAAUAACUGGAAAUUAUCAUGUAAGGCUGGUAAUAAUUGUGCAUUUUUAAAGGACCAAACAAUCAUUUGUAUUGAAUAUAUUUUUGUUAAAUUAGGAAAAAUUUAUAUUACUGGGCAACAAAUGUCUAUUUUAAAACCUUUCUUGACUUAUCCUUGUGAUAGUUCAUUCAUGUCUUGUUACGAGGUUUCACUUAGUGAAACUUCUGUUGAAACUGAUAGUGAAAGCAUACUUUGUAAAGCCUUACUACUACCUACUAAAAAUAACAGAUAUUUGUGUUGUCCUUUUAUUCAUUUUUACUAAUAUAUCUAUCAAUUUUUUUACUUUAAGUACUGCUUAACAUUCAAUGAUAUUAUCUUGUUAAACUCUGUUCUUUAAGAAACAGUGACAGUUCAAAAUGUUAAAUUGAAUACCUUCAACCUACAGUUUUGGAACUAUCAUUGUUUAUUUAAAUAAAUAAUACACUUUAUGAUUAUAUACCAUGCAUGUUUUGUUUUGUUACUGUUAAGUAUCGCAAUUAAUAUUCCCAUUAAUAUUUCCUAAAAUGUCAAAUAUAGUGGAUAAGUGAGGGGAGUAUACUUAUAUUAUGCUAGGUUUUUAACAAAUUUCUACAAAGUAAUAUUUUUGCCAACAAAGUAAACUUUUUUUUGAAAAUGUACUUAAUUUAAAUUUUACUAAAAGUAGGUUUGUAUUACUUAACAGGGAAUAUGUAAUUGUGGAUUUCCCCGAAGAGUCCAGUGAGGGAAUAAUAUCGAUGGCUCUCAUUUCAAGCACAUGGAUAUUUGAAAAGCAAGGAGCCCUUUAUUGCUAUUGGCCUUCCUACUUAAAAUCCACACUAAGUAGAGAAAAAACGGUCAAAAACCAUCUUCCACUUGUCAAGGAAAAAUGUGUGGAGUGUCAGGUUAUUGUAAAAUAUCAUGAUGUUAAUUAUGACAAGACUGUUUGGAAACUAAGGAAGAUGGAAGUGGAAGAGUCGCAGUCGGAGCUGGAAUCUGAGUUGGAUAAUGCUCCCAGCAGUGGUAAAAAGUCUCGGCAGGUGUUAAAGAAAAAUGAUUAUGUUUAUUACGAUAGUGAUGAAAAUGAUGAGGAUGAGUUACCCCCGCCACCGAAAUUUCCUCCUAAGAAAAAAAUUGCAAACUUGGAACCUGUUCGAGAACUUUACUUAAGUCCUGAACCAGAUCAAAACGAAGGGUCCAAAAAAAAUGUAACAACCUUCCAACAGUUAUUGCAACCUGUUCCAGAAGUCCAGUGUAAUUUAGGCCCAUCUGAAGCUAGUUCAUAUACACAGGCUAGUUCUAGAAAGGAAGGGUCAUUCACACGUUGUUGCUGUGAAAAAAAUAAAAAUAUUUUGGAGCGUAUCCUCCGAGAUAUUACCAUUAUUAAAACGGACCUUAAAAACUUGACCAUAAGAAGCAACAAUGACAAAGUAACAAAUAAUAUGGAAACUUUGGAUACCGAACUGAUGAACUUCAAAAGUUACAAUGAAAUCUAUGAUUUUGGAACUAAACUGGGAAAUGAUCAAGAGUUUUAUAAUAGAAUGUUAACUUUACUAAGUCUUUUGGGUGGUAAAGACUACCAAGAGUGUACCAGGAGAAUAUUGGGGACCUUGUUAAACCACGAAUUAGCUAUCAAAGUAAACUGGAUAGGGGCCAAUGACAAGGGUAGUUUUCAGAAGCUGCCCUACGUUCUUAAAUUGAUUUAUGGUGCAGUUAGAAGAAACUCUAUGUGCAGUAAUGCAACUAAUUCGGAAAUUGACCAGGCAAUAAAAAAUUGGAUAAAAAACGCAGCAGACCGAGAAGGCGGCCGAGCUAACCGAAAAAAAAAACAAAAUUAGAAAUUAAAUUCAAAUUUCACUCAGAAACCCAUGCUAAGUAUUAAACCGACUUCCACUUAUAAUGCAUACCAAUUCAAAUUCAAAAAGGUAAGAAGUUUAAAUACUUUUCUGACCGAAUCCAGCACCAAAGAAGCCUAUUAUUAUACAUAUUGGUUUUAAACUUCACUGCGAUUUUUUAGCAGAAUAAUGUGUACCUAUAUUUAUUUUAUGUUAGGUUAUUUUAAGUUGUUUUGUUAAGUUUUUUUUUGGUAUUAUAUCCCUAUCAUUCUGCUAGUUCAUGUUCUGUAUACAUGGUGACUGUCAUUUUCACAAAUUAUAUACAAAACAAUAAAACUAUGUAUAAAAGUUGUUCUUUCAAACAUUUUA